GAGAAAUGAGGUUUGUUUUUUUUUGAGGCGGUACUUGCUACAUUUACCAUAAAUAUUGAAUUUCUUCUUUUUUUCCACUGUAGUUUGUGUCAUGCAAGAAUCUAUUUACACUGACUAAAAUGGAAUGAUGCUGGAAGAGUGAUUCAUGAGGAAUUUUCAGCCUGAAAUUUACCCUGAACGAUAUAGUCUUAGUUGGCAUAAACCACUGGUACAGCAGCUGGUGGGUUCGAAAUGCCAACCUAUCUGUUAACGGCUGAGCACUUCAACCACUGCGCUCCAGGAGGACAGCUCCAGGUGGGCGGCAUAUAAUAAUCUCAGAAAGCUGUACAUGGCAAAGGCACCGUCCAUCACAAUAAUCAAGCUUUUGCGUUUAUUUCAACUGGAAAAUCGUGAUUUAAAUAGGUGAGAAGCUUCUGUGCCAAAAUUCAAGAAAAUCUGACAUAAAUGAGUAACAAUUCAACAUGUAUUCAACCAUCCAGGAUCUCUUCCAUGGCUUUACCAAUUAUUUAUACCUUCCUUUGUAUCGUGGGCCUCUUUGGAAACUCUCUUUCCCAAUGGAUAUUUUUAAUGAAGAUAACUAAGAAAACAUCAACCCACAUCUACCUAGCACAUCUUGUGACGGCGAACUUACUUGUGUGCAGCGCCAUGCCUUUCGUGGGUAUCUAUUUCCUGAAAGGUUUUCAAUGGGAAUUUCGAUCGGCACGAUGCAGGGUGGUUACUUUCCUGGGGACUCUAUCCAUGCAUGUAAGUAUGUUUGUCAGCCUCAUAAUUCUAAGUUGGAUUGCCAUAAGCCGCUAUGCUACCUUAAUGAAAAAGGAUUCUACACAAGAGACCACUUGGUGCUAUGAGAAAAUAUUUUAUGGCCGUUUACUGAAAAAAUUUCGCCAGCCCGAUUUUGCCAGAAAACUAUGCGUUUAUAUAUGGGGAGUUGUACUGGGCAUAAUUAUUCCAGUUACCAUAUACUACUCAGCUGUAGAGGCUACAGAAGAAGAGAACCUGUGCUAUAAUCAGCAGAUAGAACUAGGAGGCAUGGUCUCUCAGAUUGCAGGUCUCAUUGGAGCUGCAUUUAUUGGAUUUUCAUUUUUAGUAGUACUAACGUCAUACUACUCUUUUGUCAGCCAUUUGAGAAAAAUAAGGACCUGUACAUCUAUUACAGAGAAAGAUUUGAUUUACAGGUCUGUAAAAAGGCAUCUUUUGGUCAUCCAAAUUCUACUAAUAGUUUGCUUCCUUCCAUAUAGUAUUUUUAAACCCAUUUUUUAUGUUCUAAACCAAAAAGAGGACUGCCAACAAUUGAAUUAUUUAAUAGAAAUAAAAAACUUCCUCACCUGUCUUGCUUCAGCCAGAAGUAGUACAGACCCCAUUAUAUUUCUUUUAUUAGAUAAAAAAUUCAAGAAGUCACUAUACAACCUCUUUACAAAAUCUGAUUCACCACAUAUACAACCAUAUGGUUGACUUUUGAAGGGAAAACACCACAAAAUAGAUAACAAAAGUGUUCAUGUGACCCUAUUAGGGACACUAAACUACAUGAUUAAGAUGUCAUAGCUUAGUUGAUAGCACAUACUGAGAACACUUCUUUGAUUUAAAAAUAUAAAUAAAUAUGUACAUUCAUAAAACUCGAUUUAUAGUUCUACUUGUACUGAAAGCUGAGUUAGCAGACUUUCAGAGACAAAACUCAAUCCUACUGAAAGGAUCCCACUGCACUGCACAUGAAACUAACAGCCCAUUUUCUGUUUAAGCUCAACUGUGGAUGCUUCAGUUCAGAACACAUUUCACAACUGUGGAAUAUAGAAGCAAGUGGUUCAGGACUCAUCUGAUUUUUAGUAGUUAUAAUACAAGGGCCUAUCUCUGGCUAAUGUUUGUUUUGUUAGAAAAGUUUUUUAAUACUUUAAAAAUGAGUGAAGAAAAAAAUGAAUAAGAAAUUCUCAUACUUCAGUCCUGUCUAAAUGCAUGAAUAACGUAGUAUAAAAUCCAAGGUUUUAUAAAAAUAUUAUUGGGUAUUAUCUGGCUCGUGUUACUGGGAUGAGCAAUAUCAAUUUAUUCCAGCAUUAGGUAGAUAUUACUUAUAAAUAUGUUUAAAUAUUUGGAUUAGGUUUUGUUAGAAUAAAAAGGCAAUAUGUCAUUAUAUGUCAAUCUUUAUCACAUUUUCUAUAUUUUUUCUGUAUUCAGUAUAAAUGUUAUCAAAGGCAAAAAAUUACAUGGCACAUAGAUAAAUUCAAUUAAUUUUUAUGAAAUGAAUGAAUGAUAAGGGAGUACAAUAGUAUCAUAGGUAAGAGAAUGGUCUCUGGAGUUAGACUCCCUGAGUGCAAUCCUGAGUCAUCUAAUUUAGCUGGACAAUCUUAUGCAAAUUACUCACCCCUGUAAGUGUUAAUUUCUUCAUCUGUAGAAUAGAAAAAUACUACCUAAUUUUUAGGUGCUAUUAUUAUUUUUUAUUUCUUUUUAUUAUUAAAUCAUAUGAUGUACUAUUAUCAGUAGUUAUUAUUUACUGAACAAUUGCUAUGUGCCUGGCACUUUGCUAUAUAUGCUUUACAUAUAUUGUUUUAAUCAUCGCAACUCUAUUGUAUGCCCAUUUACUGAUGAGAAAACUGAAGUGCAUGGAGUUAAGUAUGUCACCCAAAUUUUCUCCAAUAUCCAGGUAAAUAUUUGAAGAGUAAGCAUUUCUUAAUGGUCAUUUCUUUCUUACAUGUAAACCUGUCAGUAAGGCAAAUGAUUGUGACUAUAUUUUGUAUUAUUACAUUAUAAUUUAAAAAAAUGUGUGCUCUAUCUUCCCAAAGAGAUCAUAAACACCUUUGGAGCUAUGGUCUAUUUUCUAUUGCUACUCCCCCUGAUACCUGCAUUCUCUUCUCAGAAAAGAAUCAAACAAAACCAAUUUAAUAAAAUCAGCCAUUAACUGUAACACACCAUUUUGUUAGAGACUGCUUAAAGACUCAUUUACUCUUUACAUGGUAAUUCCUUCAAUGCUCAAAAAGAAGUCUGUAUUCACAUAGUACUUCCAAGCCUUUAAUCUCAUAGCAUGUUUUAUUCCUGAAUUAGAAAUGUAAAAGCUAUUCACUGUACAGGUUUCGUAAGAGCCAUGUGUUCCAAAUCACUAGAGGUCAUUCCAGCACAUCUACAUAAUUUUCAUUAAAAAAAAGAAUAGAAAAACGGUAAAUAAUUUUUCUCCUUUUUUACUUCAAUGGUUAACUGAAAGAAGAAAAUGGUCAGAGAAAAGUCUGGAAAAACAAAUUCUGGCCUCAAAUACUUACAGUACGCAUCUAUCCUUUUAUAGUACCAAACUAAUUUCUGGCUGAUUAAUUCGCAGAGAUAAAGGUAGACCUGGGAACUCCAGGCAACCUCCCUAAUUAUAAACAUAGGUGUCCAAUCUAGUACCUUCAUGGACAUGCUAAUCACAGAAUAACUUCAAGUUGAUCAAGAGUUCCUGAGCUUUCCAGUUUUCUCUAUAGGCAUACUAGUAGUUUUAUUCUUACAUGAGUUUUAAACUUAAACUAAGAAGAACUGAGAAGAUGAUCAAUAAUCUUCAUUUAACCCUGGUGGUGUAGUGGUUAAGAGCUAUGGCUGCUAACCAAAUGGUCCCAUAAAAAACCCACUGCCAUCGAGUUGAUUCCGACUCAUAGCGACCCUAUAGGACAGAGUAGAACUGCCCCACAGAGUUUCCAAGGAGCGCUUGGUACAUUGGAACUGCCAACCUUUUGGUUAGCAGCCGCAGCUCUUAACCACUAUGCCACCAGGGUUUCCACCAACAGAUCAGUAGUUCGAAUUCACCAGGCGCUCCUUGGAAACUAUGGGGCAGUUCUACUCUGUCCUAUAGGGUCACUAUGAGUCAGAAUCAACUGGACGGUGAUGGUUUUUUUUUGGGGGGGGGGGUUAUACUAUGUUGAAUCUCACUGCGCUUAGGAUAUUUUGUUUUAAAUAUAACUUAUACAAAUUAUGACUUAAAAAAUCAUUUGUCAUUCCCACUACUUUAAAUAAACAGCUAAAGAUAUUAUCGAAGUAGAGUUUUCUACAUUUUAAAAAAGAAGAAAAAAAGAUAUGCAAUUUCUCUUUAAGUCAUUCAUUCUGAUAGAAAACUCCCAUUUUAAUUCUCUGUACUAAAUUGAUAUACUGAGCUUACUCUCAUCAUGUUUAUCCUUCUACCACAGAUGCUCUCCCAAAUGGGUGAUUGUAAAUCAUUGUUGAAUUUUUUUGUGUAACUGAAAGAGAAAAAAACUAAAACAGUUGCCAUCUACUCUAUUUCCACGCUGGCUAUUUAAAGUCAUAGUAACUCUUUUUAUAAACAUUACUUUCUAAGUUUACUCUAAUUUUAAAGUUUGGAUUUCAAAAAAAAUAGCACUUUUAUGUGUCUAUGUGAGUUACAGUCAAACAUAUUUUCAGAAAUUCUAAAUUUUGCAUUAUAGGCCAGCAACAUUGUAUCUUACUGUAGAAAACAGACAUGACCAAAAAAUUUUUUAAUUUUACUGUGCCGUAGGUGAAAGUUUACAGUGCGAGUUAGUUUCUCACUCAAAAAUUUAUACUCAAAUUGUUUUGUGACAUUGGUUGCAAUCCCCGCAUUGUGUCAGCACUCUCCCCCUUUCCACCCUGGGCUUCCUGUGUCCAUUCCUCCAGAUUUCCUGUCCCUCCUGCCUUCUCAUCUUUGUUUUUGGAAGGUGUUGCCCAUUUGGUUGCCGAUACUUGAGUGAACUAUGAAGCACAUUCCUCACGUGUGUUGGUGUUUUACAGGCGGAUCUAAUCUUUGGCUAAAAGGUGGGCUUCAAGAGUGGCUUCAGUUCUGAGUUAGCAGGGUGUCUGGGGGCCAUAGUUUCAGGGGUUCCUCCAGUCUUUGUCAGACCAGUAAGCCUGUUUUCUGUGUGUGUAUGUGUGUGAAUUUGAAUUUUGUUCUACAUUUCCCUUCUGCUCUGUCCCGGGCCCUCUAUUCUGAUCCCUGUCGUAUCAGUACCAGGCUGUUUUGAUUGCUGUGACUGUAUAGUAAGUUCUGAGGUCAAGUAUUGUGAGCCCCACUUUGUUCUUUUUUUUCAAUAAUGCUUGGCUUAUCAGGUGCCUCUUUCCUUUCCAUACAAAGUUGGUGAUUAGUUUUUCCAUCUUGUUAAAGAAUGCCGCUGGUAUUUGGAUUGCAUUAUAUCUAUAGAUCACUUUGGGUAGAAUUGACAUUUUCAUAAUGUUAAGUCUAUCUAUCCAUGAGCAUAGUAUGUUUUCCUAUUUAUGUACCUGGUUAGAUUUAUUCCUAAGUAUUUUUAUCUUUUUAGGGGCUGUUACAAAUGGUACUGUUUUCCUGAUUUCCUUUUCAAUGUUCUCUUUGUUGGUGUUUCAGAAUCUGAUUUUUUUUUUUUUAAAUCUUGUAUCCUGCUGCUCUGCUGAAUCUUUCUAUUAGUUCCAGUAUUUUCUUGUGGAAUAUUUGAGGCUCUCUAGGAUCAUAUCAUGUGUAAAUAGGGAUAGUUUUGGAUGCCUUUUAUUUCUUUUUCUUGCCUUAUUGCUCAAGCUAGGACUUCCAGUGUGAUGUUAAAUAGGAGUGGUUUAUCAUGUCUCAUCCUUGAGACAUGAUAAAUCCUGACCCAUACUGUUACGAUUUGGUGAGGUCUCCCUCUGUCUAUCCCUGGCCUUGCAGUCUGCCGGGAUGGGGGGGGGGGGUAAUAGGCAUAUGUGGGAAGAUGAGAUGAAAGGAAAUCUUGCUGGCAAACCACAAACGGAGCACAGAGGGAACACUGGUAAUUUGCUCAGCAUUUCACUGGCACAGCCCAGUGCUAUGCACCUUCCUCUGAGUGCCCCCAAGUUUAAAGAGACUUGAGAGAAUUUGGAAGAGCUACCAUAGCUAGAAAUGUUGUACAUCUGAUAGAAAAAAGUCUUUGGCUAUAUCAUACACACUAUACCUGGCUAAGAAGGAGAGGAGUAGUGAAAGGAUUCAUAUCCAAUAAGCCAAAGAAACUCAUUUCUUUUUAAAUCAAGGAGCUGAUUUUUUGAGGGUUUUUUUUUUGGAGGGGGUGUGGUGGGAGAAGAGGGGCAUAAAAAAAAAGGAGUAGUGAAAGGAUUCAUAUCCAAUAAGCCAAAGAAACUCAUUUCUUUUUAAAUCAAGGAGCUGAUUUUUUGAGGGUUUUUUUUUUUGGAGGGGGUGUGGUGGGAGAAGAGGGGCAUAGUAGUUAGAAAUGCAAGAUGAAUGUAUGAUUCUCUUAUAAUUAAUUAGACUUUUCUAAGUACAAUUAUUAUUGAAACUGCACAUUCAAAUCGAACAUGCACUCUGUUCAGCAACCUUACAAACAUAAUGCAGAAGACUGACCAAUGUGUUUCUAAUACAAAAAGAAUAAACAAGUUUCAUUUUAAUGAAAACUUAAAUUUCUUUAUAAAACAUCAGGGACUUUUGUGAGUUGUGGAAACAGAUGUAAAAGGAACAUCAGAAAUUAAGACCAAUAGGGGAAGAAAUACUGUUAAGAAACCCACAAAGCCAUGGCAACUAGGGUUAUGUGAUGAACACCUAUUUUUGAUAAACUCUGGCCCUAAGCAAGUGAAAGGAGAACUGAGACCAGAAGGGGACCAAAGAGCAGCCAGGCGUGUUCUCAGGGGUUAGUGAAGUAAACCAUUUAAAGGAAGCACACUCAGAAACACUCAGGUGGGAAGCUUCUGGCUGAGUAUGUGCGAAUGGGGUUUUGCGGACAGUUCUAAGAACUAAACACUCAAACCUUCUGGGUACAUGCCCCAUCCAGAAUAGAAAGUGAUUGUUUGUGUAGCAGUUUGCAAUCAGAGAAGCUGCUUAAUUUAUUAAACUUAUUAAAAUUGUAUAUCAGUAGAUCAGAGUGACAGAAAGGCGACACCCAGGUGUGAGGCUGCCUGCAGGAAUUAGGAGAGACAAGAAAAUCCCAGAACCUCCCUGUGUUUAGCAGGAAACAAACAAACAAACAACAUCUUGCCAUCCAGUCAAGUCCGACUCAUAGUGACCCUAUAGGACAGAGUAGAACUGACCCACAGGGUUUCCAAGGAGCACCUGCCCGGUGAUUCAAAAUGCUAACUUUUUGGUUAGCAGCUGUAGCACUUAACCACUAUGCCACCAGAGUUUCCGUGCUUAGCAGAGCCAAUGAAAUUCACUGAAGGAAGGCAAGGAGCCAGGAGGUACAUUUACCUUGACAACUGUGCUAUUUCUUUUUAAACUACUUUUAAUUCAGGUGUGAGAGGGGGAAAAAAAAGGAAAGCACUGAAACAUAACGGAAGUGUUCAUAUCCUUUCACAAGAAAAUGGAGAGUAAAAGGGAAAGAGGACAGAAAAAAAAAUAUUUGCAUGCGUGCCUUAAUGCCUAUAGGAAGGCAAAGCAUGAGAAAUAUAACAUUAUAUUCUAAGACGGUGGUUCUCCAUUGGGGGCAAUUUUUGCCUCCCAGGGGACAUUUGGCAAUCUGAAGACAUUUUUGGUUGUCAAAACUUGGAGGAGCUGCUACUGGCAUCUACUGGGUAGAGACCAGGAAUGCUGCUAAAAAAAAAAAAAAAAUUUUUUUUUUUUAAGCAUCCUACAAUU